AGCGCGGAGGUGCUCAGACCUGAGCAGCUGAUGUGCGCGUCAGAGCCCGGAGCUUUGACGCCGCUCGCUUUCUAAGCACCAACGCCAACUCCCUCCGUUCCUAGGCUUGUCACUAAGCAGGGCUUGGCGGAGCCCCUCAACUCCCUCCAUCCCGGCUUUUUCUUUCGCCGUGGAGAAGUUCGCUGUUGGCACGGGGGCAACGGACGGAUCCGCGGGCAAGCUAGGAAAGCAUCUGGCCGGCGCUGAGGGAAACGGGCAUCCUGUGCCUCAGCCGUUCCGCAGGUCUCACACAGAUGACUCAGAUCUGAGGUCUUACCACCAAAGCCAGCACUUGCCCUUUCAGAGACUUACUCCAUCUGGCCUUGGUAAAUCUGUACUUCGUGUGUAAGUGGCUACACCAGACCAGCUCAAUGCCUAAGAGCAGCAAAGUAACUCAGCGAGAACAGAACAAUGAGCCUGUCACAGAAUCAGUGGCGGAUCUACUGGCCCUGGAGGAGCCUGUGGACUACAGACAGAGUGUCUUAAAUGUGGCUUCAGACAACUGGAACAAACAGCAGGUUGAGGAGGAAGCAGGCGAGGACAGGCCAGCAUGGAACAAUAAGCUACAGUACAUUUUGGCUCAGAUAGGCUACUCUGUGGGCCUGGGGAAUGUGUGGCGGUUCCCAUAUUUGUGCCAAAAGAAUGGUGGAGGAGCUUAUCUAGUCCCAUAUCUGAUCCUGCUCAUCCUUAUUGGACUCCCCCUCUUUUUCCUGGAACUGGCUGUAGGGCAGAGAAUCCGCCGGGGCAGCAUAGGAGUGUGGAAUUACAUCUGUCCUCGAUUAGGCGGGAUUGGAUUUGCCAGCUGCUUAGUCUGCCUGUUUGUUGGACUCUAUUAUAAUGUGAUCAUUGGCUGGAGCAUCUUCUACUUUUUCAAAUCCUUCCAGUAUCCUUUACCUUGGAGUGAAUGUCCUGUCUUAAAAAAUGGCUCAGUGGCAACUGUGGAACCAGAAUGUGACAAAAGCUCUGCAACUACUUUCUUCUGGUAUCGUGAUGCCCUGGACAUUUCCAACUCCAUUUCAGAGAGUGGUGGGCUUAAUUGGAGAAUGACCUUAUGUCUGCUGGUAGCUUGGAGCAUUGUGGGCUUGGCUAUGAUCAAAGGAAUCCAAUCCUCAGGAAAGGUGAUGUAUUUCAGCUCUCUCUUUCCGUAUGUGGUGUUGAUCUGCUUCCUGGUCCGGGGCUUGCUUCUGAGAGGGGCAGUAGAUGGGAUUCUGCAUAUGCUCACUCCUAAGCUUGAUAAAAUGUUGGAUCUCCAAGUAUGGCGAGAAGCUGCCACUCAGGUCUUCUUUGCCCUUGGACUGGGUUUUGGUGGAGUUAUUGCUUUUUCCAGUUAUAACAAGCAGGACAACAACUGCCACUUUGAUGCAGCCCUUGUCUCCUUCAUUAAUUUUUUCACUUCCAUCUUGGCCACACUGGUUGUUUUUGCUGUGCUGGGCUUCAAAGCCAAUGUCAUGAAUGAGAAGUGUGUGAUUGAGAAUGCUGAAAAGAUCCUCGGUUAUCUGAACACAGAUAUCCUCAGCCAUGCUCUCAUACCACCCCAAGUAAACUUCUCCCAUCUCACAGCCAAGGAUUACACUGAAAUGUAUGCUGUGAUAAAGACAGUGAAGAAGGAUCAAUUCGAGAAGCUGGGACUGGAUCCCUGCCUGCUGGAAGAUGAGCUUAACAAGUCAGUGCAGGGAACUGGCCUCGCAUUCAUAGCUUUCACAGAAGCAAUGACACACUUCCCAGCUUCUCCCUUCUGGUCAGUGAUGUUCUUCCUGAUGCUGAUAAACCUGGGUUUGGGGAGCAUGAUUGGGACCAUGGCUGGCAUCACCACACCCAUCAUUGACAUGUUCAAAGUGCGCAAAGAAGCAUUAACAGUUGGCUGUUGCAUUUUUGCUUUCCUCGUGGGUCUGAUCUUUGUGCAACGCUCAGGCAACUAUUUCGUCACCAUGUUUGAUGAUUACUCUGCAACGCUGCCACUCACUCUUGUGGUAAUCCUGGAGAACAUUACUGUGGCUUGGAUUUACGGUACCAAGAAAUUCAUGCAAGAAUUAACAGAAAUGCUGGGUUUCCGACCUUCCUGCUUCUACUUUUAUGCAUGGAAGUACAUUUCACCCAUCUGCAUGGCUGGCCUGAUGACAGCCAGUAUCAUUCAGCUAGCAGUCAAUCCACCAGGUUAUAGUGCCUGGAUAAGAGAAGAGGCCACAGAGAAAUUUCUCUAUUACCCCAGAUGGGCAAUGAGCUUACUUGUGUCUCUGAUCGUCUUGGCUACCCUUCCUCUGCCUGUGGUCUUUGUCCUGCGCCAGUUCCACCUGGUGUCAGAUGGUUCUAAUGCUCUGUCUGUCACAUACAAAAAGGGGCAUAUGAUGAAGGACAUAUCCAACUUAGAAGACAAUGAUGAGACCCGUUUCAUCUUGAGCAAAGUUCCCAGUGAAACCCCUUCCCCAAUGCCUGCACAUCGCUCUUACCUGGGCCCUGGGAGCACAUCCCCAAUGGAAAUGAGCAGUAUUGCCAAUGGACGCUAUAGCAGUGGGUACCUCAUGGCCACCACUCCUGAAUCUGAACUGUGACCAUCAACCAGCAGCCUCCCCCACUUCCCAGGUGAAAGAGAAGAGGUCCUGGAGAAGGAAAGCUGUGCUUUAGAAAACCUCCCCAUCACGCAUAGCAAUCAAUGGUAGAUUGUAUCAAGUAUAAAAGGUGAGAAGGGAAGGUUUCCUUCUGGUGCUCUUCAGAGGAACUACCAGAAUGUUCUUCAGUGAGUAAUAGUAGUCAGAAGACACUGCAAUAAAUCUUAUGGGCAAAAGGGAAAUUUUAGCCAACUGGUAUUGAAAAACACCGAUAACCUUUUUUCAAGAAAUCUAAGGUUGGGAGAGGGAGACAGAAUAAGGAAACAGCCAAAACAAAACCAAGAAGCAGCUGGUUCCCUGACUCUCUCUCUCCAUCCCUUACUUUUACUUGGGAGAAGAGACUUUUGUCUCAUUUGCUGAAUAACUACCACUAUUCAUAGCACAAGAAAAAUUAAUUACCUGAUACAGAUUUACCAGCACACUUCUGGUUUUACUCUUCGACAGUAUCCAAAUUGCACAGCCUCAGUGAAGAGUUCUUACAACUCUAAACUAAGAUACAUUCCAUGUAGACAGCACAGUAGAAUGCUUGCCAUUGCAUUAUGUGAGAUCGAUGAUGGUCUUGCUGAAGAUGGAUCAAAAACUGUAAGGACCUGAAGGGUGUUUUGUUUCAGUGAAGCUGGCCAUGGUAUGCAUGCUUCUGAGACUCACAGUGUUCCUCUAUCACAGAUUCAGGUUUGUGCCAUGUGUGUCAGUUAGAAUCAACACUUACAGUAGCUGUAUCAGUGUAGUUUUCUAGAAUUCAUGAUGUCAU